CGCACAAAAACCUGCAGUAGUUCCCCUGGAAAUCCAAUUUUCUCAAUAAAUAUCCCCUUUUCCAUCAUGAGCAAUAAAGAAUUCCCGUUUCCGCCACUGUCCACGGCUAGCAAUGGCACCACCCCUGUUGUUCAAAUCAAACAAAGUACAAGUGUUCUUCCUGAUUUCCUACAAAGCAUCAACCUCAAAUAUGUGAAAUUAGGAUACCAUUAUUUGGUGACUCACUUUUUGAGUCUUUGUUUGGUCCCUCUAAUAUCUGUCACCUUUGUUCAAGCCUCCCAAAUGAACUAUCAAGACUUGCAAAAUCUUUAUCUCCACCUAAAGUUGAAUCUUGCUAGCAUCAUCAUUUUCUCUGCACUCUUUGUUUUUGGAACAACUGUUUAUAUCAUGACAAGGCCUAGAUCCAUUUACCUUGUGGAUUAUUCUUGUUAUCAUCCUCCUGAACACCUUAAAGUUAAAUUCAGUAAGUUCAUGGGACAUUCAAGACUUAGUGGUGAUUUUAAUGAAUCAUCUCUUGAAUUCCAGAGGAAGAUUUUGGAGAGGUCAGGUCUCGGAGAAGAAACUUACUUGCCUGAGGCUUUGCAUGAUGUUCCACCAAGACCAUCUAUGGCAACGGCACGUGAAGAAGCAGAGCAAGUCAUGUUUGGUGCACUAGACAAUUUGUUCAACAACACAAAUGUCAAGCCAAAAGAUAUUGGAAUUCUUGUGGUGAAUUGUAGCCUGUUCAAUCCCACUCCUUCACUUUCUGCUAUGAUUGUGAAUAAGUACAAGAUGAGAGGGAAUAUUAAAAGCUUCAAUCUUGGUGGGAUGGGAUGCAGUGCAGGAGUUAUUGCCAUAGAUCUUGCCAAAGACAUGUUACAAGUUCAUAGGAAUACAUAUGCUGUUGUUGUCAGCAUGGAGAACAUAACACAAAACAGGUAUUUUGGGAACAAUAAAGCCAUGUUGAUUCCGAAUUGUUUGUUUCGUGUUGGAGGAGCAGCUAUUCUGUUAUCAAACAAGUCAGGGGACAAGAGGAGGGCAAAGUACAAGGUUGUUCAUGUAGUGAGGACUCAUAAAGGAGCUGAUGAUACAGCCUUCAAAUGUGUGUACCAAGAACAAGAUGACAAUGGGAAAACUGGGGUGUCUUUGUCAAAAGAUUUGAUGUCAAUUGCUGGAAAUGCCCUCAAGACAAACAUUACUACAUUGGGUCCACUUGUACUUCCAAUUAGCGAACAAUUGCUUUUCUUCAUGUCCCUUGUGGCAAGAAAACUUUUCCAUGCCAAAAUCAAGCCAUAUAUACCAGAUUUUAAGAUGGCUUUCGAACAUUUCUGCAUACAUGCUGGUGGAAGAGCUGUGAUUGACGAGUUAGAAAAGAAUUUGCAACUUUCUCCUCUUCAUGUAGAGGCUUCUAGGAUGACUCUACAUCGAUUUGGGAACACUUCAUCCAGUUCAAUAUGGUAUGAAUUGGCUUAUAUUGAGGCAAAAGGAAGAAUCAGAAAGGGUCACAGGAUUUGGCAAAUAGCAUUUGGGAGUGGAUUCAAGUGUAACAGUGCAGUGUGGCAAGCACUUACGAAUGUGAAACCAUCUCCUAAUAGUCCUUGGGAAGACUGCAUCCACCGAUACCCCGUACAAUUAGACUACUAACUUCCCUUGGAAAAUACAACACGAUAGAAGAGUUCGUUAUGAUAUUUUAAAUCAACCGCGACUACCAUAUAUCUGAUGUCCAAUCUGGUUCUUUUUUCACGCGUUGAAUGGAUUUUCAGCAUUCAGUUUCCUUGGUAAGCAAGAUUACCGAAGAUGCAGUGCUAGAUUUCCGACAUCCAUACUGUUUGUGUGUAAUUAUAUUUUUCUCAAAGGGUUGUGGUAUGUCUAGCUUAUUUUUCUUCUUUGUUGGCUUUCUUUGUUCUCCUGAAUAGUUGCAGUAGGGCAACUUUAUGUCUUGUAAUAUAAUUUGUACAAUAGUGACAUUUAACUGUUUGU